AAGCAAUGGGAAAAGAUGCCAAAGCAAAUGUUUGAAGACCUAACGUGUCUCAGAAUACUGGCAUAGCUGUGGGCGGGAGCAAGAAGUCACGACUAAGUACUAGUUAGGGCGACUUAUACCAAGUCGAAGUCCCAUUCCCAAGGACCAUAAAUGAAAAAGCAUUACCUUCGAAGAUCCAUGUGUUUGUGUAUGUGAGCAGCAACGAGAACAAUGUUAGCGCAGCCAUGUUAAAGUCCUCGCUCGUUUUCAGGCGGCUUAUGAGAGGGUCGAAUCCCUUGCUGCAUCGUCGACUGCAAGAUCAUGAUGGUGUGGUGAACGUACAAAGAACAUUCGACAAGACUCCAGAAGACGUUCGCUGGUAGACAAGAAGGAGAAGAUGCUAGCACUACACCAGCUUCCCUAGUAUCCCAUGGGCCAGCAACUGGCGGCACUAGCAGUUCAAGCAGAGCGUCGAGUACAGUGCGGCAGAAUAUGUUGGGGGUUGCUGGGCCUUCACCGGCUCGUCCUCUAUUGAACCUCCAGCAUUCAAUAUCGUUCCAACAUGAACCGUACGGCUCUGUCAGAAGCAGUAGUGUAGAAUGCGGAUCGUCGUCUUCGUCUACAGUCACAGUUGUAAGUCAAAACCAUCCUCUUCCUGCUGCAGCUCCUGUCAGGUCAACAGCUUUGUUACGAGGCGCCGCCGCCGUUCCAGCUGUAUUCACGCCAUUUGAUCCCGACAAUGCUAAAGGGCACCGGAGAAGUAGAGCAAAAGAGGAGCACCUGCAUCCCGCUCAUGGUCUUGCUCAUGUUGCACUUGCUUCGUCUGGAAGUGCUGGUCGGCCCGCACCUGAGAAUGAUCGAGCAGCAGGCGCGACCGUCUUUUCUCCUGCUUGUUCCUCUCCAGCUACCGAGGAUGUUUCGAGAUUGGCAGAACGCGCAAGGGAGCCUCACCCUUCGGCAAACGCUUCUCGUAGACUCAUUGCUUCGGGUAUGCAACAACACAUGAUGAAGAUGAGCGCUCACUCUCCUGGAAGCGUGGCGAGUGGCGUGGUAGAUCACAAAAAUGCACUUCCACUUAGUGACAGUACUGAUACUUCUAAGCAUAUCCAGGAUCGCUCAACCUUGUUGCGAAUCUUGGCAAAGCUCGAUACUCUGCUAGGGCGUGUGAAUCAGUGGAUUGAAGGGAAUCAUAAUCUCGCACAAGAAGAACAAUUGCGUCGUACUAUGGCGACUGAUGAUGGUGACCACGAACAGCACGACGUUGUGCAGCUUCAUCAUCCGGAACUAGAAGCGACAAUGCCAAUGCUCGUGGCGAAAUUGAAUCGCAAGCUCGUAGAAUUGGACCGAAAAAUGCGCGCCGUCCUCACGGGCCAACAAGGAGGUAGCCUAACGCAGCAACAAGUGGUUUCUGAACAACAACGCCUCAUCCGUGAAAAAGUUGCGCUGGUCGUAUCGGCACCGUCAACGUCGAGUGGUGGAGGAGCUACAACUAGAACUUCUCAAUUAGUACGACAACAAGGACGCGCGGCGCCGCGGCUGCCUGUCAGUUUCCGACCUGCUCCACGACGAGCCACAUUCGCAGGAAAUAACGACUUUCGUCAGAGCACCGUUGCUCUUGGCUCGGCUCGUUAUUCGGUGGGCACGACCUCAAGUGCUUUGAGCAAAACUUCUGCACCACCACCGCGCCGGACGCUGAUGUCGCCUGUUGCUAGACAGACAGCCGCACUGCGGGCGUUAUCUCCCUGUUGCAAUGCUGUCGGGAUUGGCCAGCAUGCAACUUCGUCAAGAACAACGUUAAUAUCUCCAGAUAGCAAUAUCGGCAGCGCAACUUUCGCAUCAUCACCUCCUGGGACGAUUACCGUCGAUAAAACGGCAAAUUCAAAGCAGCAAGAAGAAAGAUGGCAAGCUGCAUCAGCUUCCUCAAACAGCGGCAGCGGCAGGUUUAUUUUGUUGACACCUGGCUCCGCAUCUUUUACCUCCAACGUGCUCCCACGAGGUCGCACUUCUAGUACUCUAAGAGGCUAUCGUCCUGCUGCGACGGCAGGAGUUUCAAAAAGCUCACAUAACUCCGGAGGCAGCAAUGUUGUCGUCGAAAAAAGUGCUGGUUCGCCAUCGGCUGCUCUGACAACCGGAGGGCAGGGAUGUCAACAAUUGGAACAACAACAUAUAGUACCCUCACACCGGAAAACAAGCGCCCCUAGUACAGGAGUUGUUCCAACUCAACAUAUUCCUAGGAAAAUCGUCGCAUGUGGGCAUGGACCUCCUCCUCCAUCAAGACCAAGUCUCGGACGCGGCGGGAUGCAGUUACCGCGCACGACCGGAGUGCGCACGUUUGGCUCCGCAAAUGUGCGCUCCCAGUCGUGCUGUCUCGCGUCGCCAAGGAUGCCCCUACUCGAAAGCGCUCCGGACCCUCGAGUUUGGCUGCAGCUGCGUCCACGUCAGGGUCAGCCGCUGAUCGAAACUAAAAAAGGAAAAAGCGGACCAGAGGAACAUCAAGUUCAAGCACCUGAUAGUGAUAGGCUACUGCAGAAACGCGUGGAAGUCUGGUUGGGAGAACAAGGAGGAGGAAGACGAUGGAAUCCCCGUCAGAUGUCCGCACUUCUGAAAACUGCGAAAGAGGAAAACUUGACAGACCCGGAGUUGAUUUACAAAACCUACAUUGAGAAUCAAACUGCUGCCGCGGAGGUGGCUGCGCACGGAGGCCUUUAAACCGUGGUCACCCCACUAGCACUAGGACAUCGAGGGAUAUGCUUUUGGUCAUGCAUAGUUGAAAAGAAAGAUUCUACGACAUGGGUGAAAUGUAUAGGUAUAGAAAUCCGCGCAUUUUGGAGUUUUUGCUCAGGGCAUGUUAAUAUCUGGCCCGCCAACUGAUGAAUCAUAAACACUCUUUGGGUGUGUGUCAGACACUGUUACUGGAUUGUUCUUUCCUUGCCGUUCUUGUGGAUGGCUUCUAGCACAAUGAGAAUCGACGCAAUCUCCACCUACUACUAGUAUUAUCGUG